GGCACUAAGGCAGCCGAACCGACCGACGCACCGACACUUCCCAGCGGACAGCCGCCGCGGCUACCGCCACACUCCCGCUCGAGAAGACGCGAUUUUUAAAAAGCACGUGCAGGCGCUGUAGGAAGCGAAACACCCCGCUGUUCACGAGCUGAGGACAGAGCUGCGGUGCAAAGGGAUGGAUUUAAGCAGAUGAUAGCUGACUGCGUGAGAGAUGCUGCAGGAGAAAGCUUCAGCUGUGACGGAUGAAUGUAUGAGCCGGGUCCAGACCGGCGUGGAGACAGAUCUCCUUCCAGACCAGUCACAACUGGGCCAAUCCACAGCUUCCACCAUUCCCAGCUCCAGUGAGCCUGACCAGAACAUUGAAAACAUUAAGGUUGUCCUUCAUGAGAGGGAGCUGUGGAAGAAGUUCCAUGAGGCCGGCACAGAGAUGAUCAUUACUAAAGCAGGCAGGAGGAUGUUUCCCAGCUACAAGGUCAAAGUGACUGGGAUGAACCCCAAAACCAAGUACAUCCUACUAAUUGACAUUGUCCCAGCUGAUGACCACCGCUACAAGUUCUGUGAUAACAAGUGGAUGGUGGCUGGGAAGGCAGAACCAGCAAUGCCAGGGAGACUCUAUGUGCACCCAGAUUCCCCUGCCACAGGAGCUCACUGGAUGAGGCAACUGGUAUCGUUUCAGAAACUCAAGCUAACAAACAAUCACCUGGACCCUUUUGGGCAUAUCAUCCUGAACUCUAUGCACAAGUACCAGCCCAGACUACACAUAGUUAAAGCUGAUGAGAACAACGCCUUCGGAUCAAAGAAUACUGCCUACUGUACUCAUGUCUUUCGUGAGACAGCCUUCAUCUCUGUAACCUCUUAUCAAAACCACAAGAUCACUCAGCUGAAAAUAGAAAACAAUCCAUUUGCCAAAGGAUUCCGAGGUAGUGAAGAAGGAGAUCUGCGUGUUUCAAGACUACAGGGGAAAGAAUAUCCAGUGAUUUCAAAGAACAUGGUUCGCCAGAGGCUCAUCUCCUCACAUAGUCACCUUGCAGGGAAGCUUGGAGCAGGAGUUCUAACGGGGCACCCUCAAGUCCUGUCCUCUUAUCAGUAUGAGACUGGGGUUCCUUUGCCUAAUGCAGACCCCCAAGAUCCCAUCUCAAACCAUUUCCCUCAGAGCAGAGAUCCCAGCCUUCUGUACCACUGCUUCAAACAUAGAGAUAAUGCCCGACAUCUGGACCUUGGAUGUAAACGGCCAUAUCUGGAGACAUCAUCUGCAGGCUCAGAGGAGCAUUUCUUUCGUUCAGCUCCCUCUUAUGAAUCAUCCCUACUGUCUCAUCCGUACUGCACUGAGGCGAUCACCUCUAGAGAAGCUUGUAUGUAUGGUAAUAUGGAAACAGAGUCUGGAUCUGGGGCAGGUGACACCGAUGACCUGACCACCUCCCCUUCAAUAAAUUGCAACAUGUGGGCUACAAUGCAGCCCUACCCUAGAUAUAGCGUGGACGGUGUCCCGUACCAGCCCUUCACAACUCACUUCACCAACGCUGCCGCAGUCACACCUGUAGUACCACACCCCACGUCAUCCAUGGUGUCAAGGUCACAGACUGACUUGGGUGUCUACAACUCAGCUUCAGUCCAGCGCAGUCUGCCCGUCAUACCUCCAUCCUCCUCCUCUUCAUCAUGUUCUCCAGCUGUUCCAGGAUCCAGAGAUAGGUCAGGCCAUCCAUCUCUGUACCACAAGAAGCCAGGGUCACCACUCCGGCCCCACCGAGAUUUCUCAGCCUAUCCCACACAAGGCACUAUAUCCAUCCGGGAUCCAUCCUAUCAGUACCAAGUGGGGCUGAGCAGUUCAGGGACUCACUGGACUGACAGCUAAUGUGGACCUUUGGAGAAACCAGUUUUGUCCAAUGUACAAGUCUGAAAUGAGUCAAGGAUUUCACUCCACUGCCAGUGCCAAGCAAUGGUAAUGAACUACAGUUAUAACCAUUGCCAACUUGCACUCCAAAGCCAUUUAUUUCCAUGAAUUCUCACUGAAGCAACGAUGACAUCCAACACUGUAUUUGGUUAACAGUGGAUGACCCUCACUUGUAGAUGUGUAGAAUUUGUACUAUAAGCCUGUGAUCAGAUACAGUGAGGUGGUUUUCUCACACUCAAAUGUAGCUCAUGAAGGAGUGUUAAGCUUGUUUGUCAGUAAUUUGUAACAAGUAUCCCAAAAGUUUUAGCUAGGUAACCUGAAGCAAAAAUAAGAAUAUUUUUUUCUGCAAAAAACAGAUUAAAGAAAAUUACCAGAUGCGGUUCUUUCUCUCCGGGCCCUACUUUACAUUUUAGGUACAUGACAACCUUACGAGGAAAACAGCACUGAAGGUUUUAUCACUUGAGCUCCACCUGGAGAGCAAGGAUGAGGUUGGCAUUAUAUUUUUCUUGUUGUCAACAAACCCCAUGAAGAUACUAACAUCACAAUGUGUAAGUCCAUCUCUCAGCACUUUCUGAUUUCCCAAACAUAUCUGUGGUUCUCAGCUCCAAGCCCAGUGGUUCCUAUUGCAGAUGUAAUUCUUUACACAUACUGUAUAGGGCUCAUUAAAAAAGGGCUAACUCUCUUCUUCAACAGCUGGGCACUGUAGCUUGUGGAAAAUGUUACUUAAACAGGAGUAAAUAGCAUUUGUUGGGGACUAUUUUGAGCUGAUGAUUAAUGAAGCAAAGCCCAAAGCUAUGCUCUCGCCUUAUGCUCCUGCUGAUCAUGUAGCAUUUCAAAAAUCCAAACUCCACCUAUAGUGUAGAAUAUAGGCUCCCCUGUAUUCUACACUGACAUGAUUAUCCAUUCUAAGUGAGUUGACAGACUGAAUACACUAUAUUUGAUGAGUUGGUGAGUAUUUCUGGCAGCAUGACAGUGUUUUGAUUUGCAAUAAAUUGAAGUGGCUGUGUUCGUGGUAACUGGCGAUCUGUCCAGGGUGUACCCCGUCUCUUGCCUAAUGACAGUUGGGAUUGGCUUCAGCUCCCCACAACCGUUAAGGAUAAGCAGUAUAGAUAAGGGAUGGAUGGACAAAUAGACAGAUGGAUGGAUGUUUGUGGUACGUAAAGAACAUGUCAAUCUGGGCAACAGUGAGGCCUUUGUUAGUUUUGGUCUUUUCAUUGAUGAUUAGUUAACAAUAAGAAAUUGAGAAUAUUGCCAGCUUUGAGACAUAUUCAACUGGGAGGUGAUGUCCAAAGGUUAUCACAGAUUUGAAAAGUUUUCACAGCCAAACUCCUUUGUAUCCUAAUGUGCCAAAAUGAGAUUUGCUACACCAUGAUGUUUAGGUUAAAGUGCAUUGAGUACGCUGCCAAGAGAGAUUCAUAUCAGAAUAAAAUGGAAAGAAAUUUAAGUUCACUGUGCACACACUAAGAACUGUGUGUGCAAAUGAUAAAUUAGCAAGCCAUGUAAGGCAGUCUUCCUAUGGUGGACAUAUAAUGCACAUAAAACAAGCACCACAAACCCACCCAUCAUGAGAGUUGCUUGUGUAUAGGUCUUAUCCAAACACUUUCUAUAGGUCUAUGCAAGUUGUGUGUUACUAGCAGUCAUGUUAUGUGUAAGACUGAGCCAUUCUACUGUGGUUGGGUCUCAAAGCUUGGCUCCCAACUCAUGACUCCAAACAAUAUUCUAGUAAAAUGGGACAGCAAAGAACUCUCAGGCAGAACCAGAUGGGAGCUUAAAAAACUGUUGUUAAGCCAUGGUGAGUACCGGAAAAGAGAGCUGCACACAAAUCCCGCUCCCAAAUGACUUACUUGGAAAAAAUUCUUAAGACUGCAAAUACAAAACAGCCUGAGCAGGCAGGGAAGCUGAAGGAAAAGGCUCUCAGCAGCAUUACAUACAGUAGAGUUUGAACUUGCAUUGACAAGGAGUUUAUUUGUAGGAUAUGUUGGUGAUCCCUCAUGUAUUUGCGCAUUGUUCCUUUAUUUCGUGUUGUUAAAUUCAAUAUAACAUUUUUUGACAUUUUUGCACACCAGAUAAAUAAAAAUUUUCAUGUCUCUAA